UGUCACUAUAAACACGUCAUAGGCGUGGGCCCGAGUUGAUGUCAUUCUUAAACUCAAAUUCUGCUCUCUCACAUCGAUYACUCGCUCAUUAUGCAGUUCCUCUAAACACAUGCUGUGCUGUUGGACUCAAACAAGCUGCAUUUAAACGGGCGUUUUAAAAACCACUUGAACCAGGUGGAUGAUUGACUGUACAGGAAGUGAAUGCUAGACGCACCAGUCACUGACCUCACACUGUCAACAGCAGAAGAGCAGAUGGAUGUAGUUAUCUGGCCAUCGUUAAGUUGACAGGAAACAUCCUGGAUUGUGUACCACAGUGGAAUUACCAUACUACUGGUCAGCAGACGAGUAAUGGACAUGCACAAGGAUUCCUCAUCUAUGGAUUUCAAUGGAGUGAUUUUUGUCUGACCAAAACAUUUUCUAUAGAAGGCCAAGGCUUUCCCUACAAAAUAUAAGGAGCUAAUAUUCUGGUCACAUUUUUACUGYGAUGUUAUUGUUUUCCAACGGCUUGAAGUGGAGCCUGUAAUUGUGAUGAAGACACACCCUGUUUCUGUUCAUCAGAGGAACCCAGUGUUCAUCCUGUUAUAGCCAAGAAAUCUUCAGAGGAGGAAUUCUUCUCAGACAUCCCUUGGAAAUCUGAAUUUUCAAUAAGGGGCUUCUCUGUUUUUCGCUUCCCUGAAAAUUUCAUUUUUGUCUACCACUACACCAUGUAUCUAUCGAUGCAGAAGAACUUCAGGACAUUUACUGUGUUAGCCUUUAUUYUAACUUURACCAUGUUCCUCUUCAGUUUCACUUUGAGAGAUCCCUCUCUGUACUUCUUCAAAUAUGCCAUACGCAAGUCGGACAGCUUCUUCUCUAAUGGCCAGUGUGGCUGUCGAGAGUGUAUGACAGAGCUGGAGGACGACCCCUGGUUCACUGAGCGGUUCAACCUGUCAGUCRCCCCUCUGAUGUCUAGGAGGAACAGCCUGCUGACUAGUGCUGAUAUACAGCCCAACCUUCUUUAAAUAUGUCUAUGACACAUGGCUGGAGCGUCAUGGCCGGUAUCCCUCCACUGGCUUCCUCAGCCUAUUGUUCGCCAUGCACAUCUGUGAUAAGGUGAGUGUGUAUGGGUUCGGAGCGGACCGGAAUGGGAACUGGCCACCACUACUGGCAAAAUGAUUACCUAGGAGGCGAAUUCCGCAAACCGGGGUGCAUGAUGCGGACCAUGAGCCAACGUCCCCAUGCUUCUGGCUGACAACAACCAGAAUCAAUAUUUUCAAAGGCUUCUGAUAUCUGGAGAUGUCAUUGGCCUGAGACCAUCAAGCCUCAUCAGCCUAAAUCCUGUCGACUCAGGGAUUACCCCAUGGGGAUAAACUGGUUGAAAUAACAUUGUUUCAACGGAAUUUGUCUAUGUAUCAUGAUAUGGAAUGCAUGUGUAAAAUGUUUUGGAUUCGCAAAAAGUAAUCAAUGUAAACAAUUGUUUUGAGGGUGAAAUUUCAACCAGGAUUAUGUCAUGGUAACCUAUUUUUAAGACACAACUUAUAUAAAUGUUACAUUUGUAUCUUUUUGUAACAAUGUCAGAUCUUUAAUGUUAUA